AUGCAGAGAAAAAACUUCACAGGAGUUACAGAAUUCGUUUUCCUGGGAUUCUCUAUGUUUGGAAAGCACCAGAUAACCCUCUUUGUGGUUUUCCUAACCAUCUACAUUUUAACACUGGCUGGUAACAUCAUCAUUGUGGCUAUCAUCUGCAUCGACCGUCAUCUCCACACUCCCAUGUACUUCUUCCUGAGCAUGCUAGCUAGUUCAGAAACAGUGUACACCCUGGUCGUUGUCCCACGAAUGCUUUCCAGUCUCAUUUUCCAUAACCAGCCCAUCUCUUUGGCAGGCUGUGCAACCCAGAUGUUCUUUUUUGUCAUCUUGGCCACUAAUAAUUGCUUCUUGCUCACAGUGAUGGGCUAUGACCGCUACGUGGCCAUCUGCAAGCCCGUGAGGUACACAGUCAUCAUGAACAAAAGAAUGAGUGCUCAGUUGGUAUGUGGGUCCUUUGGCACUGGUCUGGUUAUGGCAGUCUCCAUGUUUAAUUUGCCCUUCUGUGGCACAGUGGUGAACCACUUCUUCUGUGACAUUUACCCAGUCAUGAAACUUUCUUGCAUUGAUACCACUAUCAAUGAGAUAAUCAAUUAUGGUGUAAGUUCAUUUGUGAUUCUUGUGCCUGUGGGCCUCAUCUCCAUCUCCUACUUUCUCAUUAUCUCCUCUAUCCUUAAGACUGCCUCUGCCAAGGGCUGGAAGAAGACCUUUGCCACCUGUGCCUCCCACCUUCCUGUGGUCAUUGUCCACUAUGGCUGUGCUUCCAUUGCCUACCUGAAGCCCAAAUCAGAAAACUCAAUAGAAAAAGACCUUCUUCUCUCUGUGACUUACAUUAUCAUUACUCCCCUGCUGAAUCCUGUUGUUUAUAGUCUAAGGAACAAGGAGGUCAAGGAUGCCAUACAGAGAGCUAUGGGCAAAAGCAUUUCUUAA